CAUGCAGAACCUGCGGCACAUCAACAGGCAGAUGAGGCUGCUGGACCUGCGCCUGCAGCUGCUCCGGGAGAGGCUGUGCGCGGCCCGCUUCAACAGGUGCGCCUUUUCCUGCUGCUGCCUGGCCCAGCCCUGCUUCCGGAGAAGGUGCCUCGCUGCAAGGAACGAGAGAACGAAAAGACUUGGCAUGAUGUUGAAUUCAUGCAGUGGUCAAAAUUUGGCUUUGAUCGAUGUGAAGGGUUUUGACCCCAAAGACAUCACGGUGACGGUGAAGGAUGGGAAGGUGACUGUGUCAGCGGAGCGCAAGGUGGAGUGCAACACCGGCUGUACAAAGACAAGCAACUACAAAAAGUUCGUGAAGGAAUUCAGCCUGCCACCAGGGGUGUGUGACAAGGAGGUGACCUACUCAGUGGAAUCCAAGUGCCUCGCGCCACCCAAGUGUUGCCCUUAUCUCUGCAACUGAGCUGCAGCAGGAAGCCAGACCAGCCACAGCCAUGCCUCUGCCUCA